GAUCCAAAACUGCGUGAACUGUUGGAUGCUGGGAACCUAGGAGGUCGACUGGAAAAUCGAAUGAUAACUGUUGUGUAUGGUCCAGACCUGGUCAAUAUAUCAUACUUGAACUUGGUGGCAUUCCAAGAGGACAUAGCAAAGGAAUGGUCAGAUGAAGUGUUCAGUUUGGCAACAAAUUUAUUGGCACAGAACAUGUCAAGGGAUGCCUUUCUGGAAAAAGCUUAUACAAAACUUAAGCUGCAGGUGACUCCAGAAGGGCGCAUUCCUCUGAAGAACAUAUACCGCUUGUUUUCCGCUGACAGAAAGCGAGUAGAGACUGCAUUAGAAGCUUGUAAUCUUCCAUCUUCCAGGAAUGAUUCCAUCCCUCAAGACGACUUCACACCAGACGUGUACAGGGUGUUCUUAAACAACCUCUGCCCUCGGCCUGAGAUUGACCACAUCUUUUCUGAGUUUGGUGCCAAGAGUAAACCAUACCUUACUGUUGAUCAGAUGAUGGAAUUUAUAAAUCUUAAGCAACGUGAUCCACGAUUAAAUGAAAUCCUUUAUCCACCGUUAAAACAAGAACAAGUUCAACAGCUGAUUGAGAAGUAUGAACCCAACAGUAAUCUAGCAAAGAAAG